GACCCAAAUCUCUUUUUGCGCUGCCAAAAUUUUCUCUUCAAUGUCGUCAAUCUUCGUUUUUUUUUUUUUUUAAUAUCGAUCAUCGUUUCUUCUCAUUUCUCUCUGGAAAAAUUUUCCAGAUAAACUCUCUUUUCAUGUAAAAAAUAAGGUAAAAAAUGGACUUCAAAAUUCCCUUCACUUCCCAAGUUGCAGUUCAGAUCAGAUCCGCGUCUUUCUGAUUUUCGUUUUCCAAUCCCAAAUUUUGAUUCUAAAUUUUGCCUUUUUUUUGCUUAGAUUUUAAAGAGUAGCUUUACUUUGUAAUGGGUUUAUAUUUUAUAAGGUGAGAGAGAUAGAAAGAGUUGAAAGGAAGAAUCGAUGGAGUGGACCACGUUGCAACACUUGGAUCUACGCCAUGUCGCUCGAGGCAUUCUCAAACCGUUGCAGCCACACGCCGCCGCUUUUCAUCCUACUCAGGCUCUAGUUUCCGCCGCCAUCGGCAGUUAUAUCAUCGAAUUUGAUGCUUUAACUGGAAGUAAGUUAUCUACUAUAGACAUUGGCUCGCCAGUGGUUCGAAUGUCUUACAGUCCUACAAGUGGCCACUCUGUCAUUGCCAUUCUUGAGGAUUGUACAAUACGUUCUUGUGACUUUGAUGCUGAGCAGACUUGUGUUUUACAUUCACCUGAAAAGAAGAUGGAACACAUUUCGUCUGAUACAGAAGUCCAUCUAGCUUUGACACCUCUCCAACCUGUUGUAUUUUUUGGUUUUCACAAGAGAAUGAGUGUAACAGUUGUUGGGACUGUUGAAGGUGGGAGAGCACCUACAAAAAUAAAGACAGACUUGAAGAAACCUGUUGUGAAUCUUGCUUGUCAUCCUCGACUACCUGUUCUGUAUGUAGCAUAUGCAGAAGGUCUAAUUCGUGCGUACAACAUUCAUACCUAUGCGAUUCAUUAUACACUACAACUUGAUAAUACCAUUAGGCUUAUUGGUGCUGGUGCAUUUGCUUUUCAUCCAACACUGGAAUGGAUUUUUGUUGGUGAUAGACGUGGUAUGCUUCUUGCGUGGGAUGUAUCAACUGAAAGACCGAUUAUGAUUGGAAUUAAGCAGGUGGGUUCUCAACCUAUCAUAUCAGUUGCUUGGCUACCAAUGUUGCGUUUACUUGUCAUUCUCUCCAAGGAUGGAACUCUACAAGUUUGGAAAACACGAUUGGCGGUUAAUCCAAAUAAACCUAUGACACAAGUGGAUUUUUUUGAGCAUGCUGCAAUUGAAUCAUUGGAUAUCCCACGCAUUCUGUCUCAGCAGGGUGGGGAAGCAGUUUAUCCCUUACCACGAAUCAGAGCUUUGGAAGUUCACCCAAAAUUGAACUUAGCAGCUCUGCUUUUUGCAAAUAUGACUGGUGGUGACAACUUGAAGAAUAGGGCUGCUUACACUAGGGAAGGAAGAAAACAGCUCUUUGCAGUUCUGCAAAGUGCCAGGGGAUCAUCAGCAUCUGUCUUAAAGGAUAAGCUCUCAUCUAUGGGUUCCUCUGGAAUUUUGGCUGAUCAUCAGCUUCAAGCACAACUGCAAGAGCAACAUAUAAAGGGCCAAAGUCAUCUUACAAUUUCAGACAUUGCACGGAAGGCAUUCCUCUAUAGUCAUUUCAUGGAAGGUCAUGCUAAAACUGCCCCUAUAUCUAGGCUGCCUCUCAUCACUAUUGUGGAUGCAAAAAAUCAACUGAAGGACAUUCCUGUUUGCCAGCCAUUUCAUUUGGAGCUCAAUUUCUUCAAUAAGGAGAACCGAGUUCUUCAUUACCCUGUCAGGGCUUUUUAUGUAGAUGGUGUGAACCUUAUGGCUUACAAUCUUUGUUCUGGAGCAGAUAGUAUUUACAAGAAACUUUUCACAUCGAUCCCAGGAAAUGUGGAAUAUUAUCCUAAACAUAUGGUUUAUGGUAAGAAGCGGCAUCUAUUUCUCAUUGUUUAUGAGUUUAGUGGCACUACAAACGAAGUAGUCCUUUACUGGGAAAAUACUGAUUUAAAGUUGGCUAACAGCAAAGGAAACACAAUCAAAGGUUGCGAUGCAGCUUUUAUUGGCCCCAAUGAAAAUCAAUUUGCUAUUCUUGAUGAAGAUAAGUCUGGACUGGCUCUGUAUAUUCUUCCAGGAGCAGCUUUACAAGAAGCCGACGGAAAAAAUGGUGCAGUUGAACCAAAUCUUUUACCUGAUCAACCUGUGGAUGCAAAAGCUAGUUCUGUUCAGGGUCCUAUGUCAUUUAUGUUUGAAACUGAAGUUGAUCGUAUAUUUUCAACUCCUAUAGAGUCCACUUUGAUGUUUUCUUGUAAUGGAAAGCAGAUUGGCUUGGCAAAGUUGGUUCAAGGCUACCAUCUUUCAACUUCUGAUGGUCACUAUAUAUCAACAAAAACAGAGGGGAAAAAGUCUAUAAGGUUAAAAGCAAAUGAGAUUGUGCUUCAGGUGCAUUGGCAAGAAACUCCAAGAGGCUAUGUUGCAGGAGUAUUAACUACUUACAGGGUGCUUAUGGUUUCAGCAGAUCUUGAUGUAAUUGCAAGCAAUUCCUUUAAAUUUGACAAAGGAAAUCCUUCAUUUAGAUCCCUUUUGUGGGUUGGACCUGCACUUCUUUUUUCUACUGCAACUGCAGUUUGUAUUUUAGGAUGGGAUGGGAAAGUGAGGACUGUACUCUCCAUUAGCAUGCCCAAUGCAGCUCUGGUUGGAGCUCUAAAUGACCGGUUGUUGCUAGCUAACCCUACAGAUAUAAAUCCCAGACAAAAGAAGGGGGUUGAGAUUAAGAGCUGCCUUAUUGGGCUUCUUGAACCUCUUCUUAUUGGUUUUGCUACCAUGCAACAAAAUUUUGAGCAGAAGCUAGAGCUUUCUGAGAUAUUAUACCAAAUAACAUCAAGGUUUGACAGCUUACGUAUCACUCCUCGAUCUCUUGAUAUUCUAGCUAGAGGUCCUCCUGUUUGUGGAGAUCUUGCAGUAUCAUUAUCCCAAACAGGUCCUCAGUUCACUCAGGUGCUGCGGGGAGUCUACGCAAUCAAAGCACUUCGUUUUUCUACUGCUUUAUCUGUUCUGAAGGAUGAGUUUGCACGUUCUAGAGAUUAUCCAAAAUGUCCACCAACCUCUCAUUUGUUCCAACGGUUUCGCCAAUUGGGAUAUGCCUGUAUCAAGUACGGUCAGUAUGACAGUGCAAAGGAAACUUUUGAAGUCAUAGCAGACUACGAAAGCAUGAUAGACCUGUUUAUAUGCCACCUCAACCCCAGUGCAAUGCGGCGUCUUGCUCAGAGGCUGGAGGAAGAAGGUGCUGAUUCAGAAUUGAGGCGAUAUUGUGAAAGGAUUUUAAGAGUCCGCUCAAGUGGUUGGACACAAGGCAUUUUUGCCAACUUUGCUGCUGAAAGUAUGGUUCCUAAAGGACCUGAAUGGGGUGGUGGAAACUGGGAAAUCAAGACCCCUACGAACUUAAAGAGUAUACCUCAAUGGGAGCUUGCUGCAGAAGUUAUGCCAUACAUGAAGACUGAUGAUGGUGCCAUUCCAUCAAUUAUCACAGAUCAUAUUGGUGUUUACCUUGGUUCAAUCAAAGGAAGAGGUAACAUUAUUGAAGUAAGGGAAGGUAGCUUGGUCAAGGCCUUUAUACCUGCAACAGGAAACAAUAGGCCAAAUGGAGUCCAUUCUUCUAUGUCUAAAUCUAUAGAUAAUUCUAAAGGAGUUCCAGGUGGUGAAACCAAGGCUGAUUCCUUGAUGGGUCUGGAAACUUUAAUCAAACCAAAUGACAGUUCCACUGCUGCUGAUGAACAGGCUAAAGCUGCAGAAGAAUUUAAGAAAACAAUGUAUGGCACAGCUGAUAAUGGUAGCAGCAGUGAUGAGGAGGGAGUAUCAAAAACUAAGAAGUUACAGAUCAGAAUACGAGACAAGCCGACAUCAGGCACAGUGGAUGUAAAUAAGAUUAAAGAAGCAACAAAGCGACUUGGUGAUGGCUUGGGCCUACCUAUAACUAGGACAAAAUCAUUGACCGGUGGUUCUCAGGAUAUUGGUCAGAGUCAACAGCAACCUUAUCCUGCAACCAGUGCUUUUGUGACUAAUCCCACAGUUUCUGCUCCUGGAGAUCUCUUUGGCACUGACUCAUGGGUACAACCUGCAUCGAUAUCACAAUCAGCUCCUGCAACCAAAGGUGUGGGAAUUGCUGCUGGACCUAUACCGGAAGACUUUUUCCAAAACACAAUACCAUCACUCCAGGUUGCAGCUGCUUUGCCUCCUCCUGGAACUUAUCUUUCAAAGUUGGAUCAAACUUCUCGACAGGUUGAAGUUGGUGGAAAGGUACCACCUGACCAGGUAAAUGCACCUGCAGCUGAUAUUGGCCUCCCUGAUGGUGGGGUUCCACCUCAAGCCACUGAACGACCUAUCCCUCCAGAGUCUUUUGCACUUCCUGAUGGCGGCAUUCCUCCACAAUACUCAGCUUCAGCUGCUGGUAUGCCACAGCCUCAAGUUCGGCCUGCUUUGAUGCCACUAUCCACACAGCCUCUUGAUCUUAGUGCUCUUGGAGUUCCAAACUCUGCAGAGUCAGGAAAACCUACUCCCUCUGCAUCUGCUCCAGCAUCUGUGCGCCCUGGACAGGUUCCACGUGGGGCAGCAGCUUCUAUAUGUUUUAAGACUGGACUUGCUCACCUUGAGCAGAAUCAACUUCCAGAUUCGUUAUCCUGUUUUGAUGAAGCUUUUCUUGCACUGGCUAAGGAUAACUCUCGUGGAGCUGAUAUUAAAGCUCAAGCUACCAUUUGUGCUCAGUACAAGAUAGCAGUAACUCUUCUUCAGGAAAUUACAAGGUUGCAGAAAGUCCAAGGCCCAAGAGCACUUAGUGCAAAAGAUGAGAUGGCUAGACUAUCUAGACAUCUAGGUUCUUUGCCUCUACAGGCAAAGCACCGAAUAAAUUGCAUUCGCACUGCCAUAAAACGAAAUAUGGAUGUUCAGAAUUAUGCUUAUGCCAAGCAGAUGCUUGAACUUCUCCUGUCUAAGGCACCUCCAGGUAAGCAAGAGGAAUUGAGGAGCCUGAUCGACAUUUGUGUUCAGAGGGGUUUAACCAACAAGUCCAUUGAUCCACUGGAGGAUCCCUCUCAGUUCUGUGGUGCCACUCUCAGUCGUCUGUCUACUAUCGGAUAUGAUGUUUGUGAUCUUUGUGGGGCCAAAUUUUCAGCUCUCUCAGCCCCUGGAUGCAUUAUCUGUGGUAUGGGAAGCAUUAAAAGAUCAGAUGCACUAGGAGGGGCAGGCCCAGUUCCUUCUCCAUUUGGCUGAGAUAAGCAGAUGCCUCUGCUAUAGAAAUCUCCACUUUGUCUUGAUGCCUUCCAAAGUUUGGUUCCUUUAUCAUUGAGAAGCUAGCAGCGGCCACUAGAUAUAUUAUAAUUUCUUUCUUUGAAUUUGUUUGUAUAUGAUUUCAUUUUCCUCCCUAUCUUUUUUUCAAAUCACCUUGAGCCCCCAUUUGUUUGAUGUGACUUAGGACCUCCCUCUGUUGUAAUAUUUCACAUUCAAAUCUUAAUAGUAACAGCAUACCAAUUCCUCGGUUUGUAAUAUACCUUGCUGAUAAUGCCCAUUAUAAACAAAUUUUUUAUUGGUGUUUCA